AUGCAAAUUAUCGCGACCGACGAUGAUUUUCGGCUUACAGUCGAGAAAGUCCUUCUGCGGGCCGAGGACAUGGUUCAGGACAUCGAUGAGGAAGGGCGUUUACUCAACCAAUGGAGUUUACGGAAUUCGCCGGACUCGAAGGACAUCGGGCCCGAGUGUAAAGAAGUACUGCGGCAGCUCAUUAAAAAAUUUCCCGAAUACUCUAAACAUUUCACGAAAGAGCCCCUCCCACUCCAACCAGACUAUACGACUGCCAACCCUAUAGAAAUUGAGGAAGCCCCCGCAAAUCAUCAGCAGACUGCUUCGAAACAAACCACUAAAUCGACGGCGAUAAAGCAGACACCAUCGACCACAAUUCCCUUCGAAAAGCUCGAGGAGCAGUGCUAUGGUGUCGUUAUGGAUUCGAAUCGCGAGCCCCACCCCCUUAAGAUACCGGUUGGUUAUAUUCUCGUUAUUCACGACGGCGAGGGUGUUGUCCUGAAGACUGGCAUUUUUGGCGGGAUCUUCGUGGAAUUGAAAGGCGUGAAUGGGGAUGCCACUUCGUCCAAUUAG